AUGUUCCGCCGCGCUACAUCCACUUUCCUUUCACGCGCCUCCGCCACUCGCCGCUUCUCCAACGAUGUGGCUACUCCCGCCCCCAAUUCCAGCUUCGUUGAAGCGUGGAGGAAAGUUAGCCCCAAUAUCGAUCCACCUAAGACGCCACUCGAAUUCCUCAAAACUCGUCCACCAGUUCCUUCUACUAUCCCUACCAAACUCACCGUCAAUUUUGUGCUUCCUUAUUCUUCUCAAUUGGCCGCUAAAGAGGUUGAUAGUGUUAUAAUCCCAGCUACAACCGGUGAGAUGGGUGUUCUUCCAGGACACGUCGCAACAAUCGCAGAGUUGAAACCUGGGGUUCUUACUGUACAAGAUGGCACUGAUACAACCAAAUAUUUUGUAAGCAGUGGCUUCGCCUUCAUCCACGCAAACUCUGUUGCUGAUAUUAUUGCUGUAGAGGCUGUGCCAGUGAAUCAACUUGAUGCAGACUUAGUCCAGAAGGGUCUUCAAGAGUUCACUCAGAAACUCAACUCAGCAACAACGGACUUGGAGAAAGCUGAAGCUCAGAUUGGAGUUGAUGUGCAUAGCGCUCUCAACUCAGCUCUUACAGGCUAA